AUGUCAACCAACAGUAGCCCUAUCCUGCUGGAUGCCCUUAUCCUAGGAGCUGAUGUAGCCUUGCUAGGCUCCUUUAUAGCCGUUUACCACCAGAUCCUUAAUGCCGCGUCUGGUGCCUACAUGAUAGUAUACACCACGACAUGCUACAAACCAUCCUAUGAAGCCAAGAAGGACAAUUUUGGCCACGCUUUUUUUCAAAAGAUGGGAGUACCCGUAACGACAGCGGUGACCAAGUUCGGGUUCAUAUAUAUCUUCACCACAGUACUAGCAUUUCUGUGGUACCUUGCUCGGAGGAGUCAUAGCUCCUUUUAUGUCUCCUACUUCUGCUGCUUCUAUGAAGUAUUAUGUGCCGUAGCCCUAUUCCCUCAACUAUGGAUGUUCCAACAGGAUAAGGUUGUAUCGGCUCCAUUGGCUAACUUCGUGGUCCUCACUGCUGCUAGCCGGGCAUGCACUCUCAUCUUCUGGUUUAGUUAUCCACUUAUAUUCAAACAUGCCUACCCAGACAACAGGGGUGUUCAGAUGGCCAGUGAGACCCUCAACCUCCUAAUCCUCAGCGACUUCCUAUACUAUUACUUCCGGUCUCGACUGCGUGGUGAGCCGCAAGUUAUCUUGCCAAUGUACGAGGUAUAG